GUUCACUCUAUAAUCGUUCUUAAAAGUCAUUUAUAAUCAAGUGUAAUAACAGAGCCUGUCAUAAUAACUAUAAUGUCUCGGUACAUGAGACCGCCCAACAGCUCUCUGUUCGUCCGCAAUAUUUCCGACGAGUCCCGGCCAGAGGACCUGCGCCGAGAGUUCGGCCGAUACGGGCCCAUUGCCGACGUCUACAUUCCCCUAGACUUCUAUUCUCGCCGGCCCAGAGGAUUUGCGUACAUUCAGUUUGAGGACGUCCGGGACGCCGAGGACGCCCUGCACAACCUGGACAGGAAGUGGGUGUGUGGCCGGCAGAUCGAGAUCCAGUUCGCUCAGGGCGACCGCAAGACGCCGGGGCAGAUGAAGUCCAAGGAUCGUCAGUCGCCCCGCAGCCACUCCAGAUACGACGAGUACGAGCGGCGCAGACGCUCCCGCAGCAGACGCAGGUCACGCAGCCCGUCCUACGAGAGGCGACGCAGACGAUCCCAGAGCCCUCGAGACAGGUCCAGAGGACGGACACGCAGCAGACGCAGCCGCAGCCGAGAACACGACAGGCACCGGCCGUCCGCGCGUGAUCACCAGCGCUCCCGCAGCCGGAGCCCCUCCCACUCGAAGAGCAGGGGCGGAGCUCGAACCCGCUCCAGGUCCAGAUCCACCAGCGAGCUCCACGCAGAGACCCAGGACACUGCUGCGGAAGAGAAGACCCAGGCGCGCUCCCCGUCCCGCUCACGCUCCCCGUCCCGCUCCAGGUCCCGCUCGCGCUCUUGGGCCGGACGCAAGUCCUGGGGGCAUUAGAUCCGGCGCACGACAGGCUCAGUGACGACUGGCUGUUUUUUGUUUGGGUUUUGUGGGUUGGGUGCAGAAGGUCAUGAAUCAGCUCCUUUCUUUUAAUAAGGAGAGGGAAUCAAACUAUAGCCUGUUUUAGCACACGUCUGUUAAAGUGUUAGCAUUGGAGAUAUCUGUGCGGUUUAGUUUACAAGCGCAGCUGCAUUUGCCAAGCGAUGUAAAUCGCUUCAAUAUUUUUGUAAGAGAUUUUUGUUUUAGUUGACCAGUAAUGGCCAUCCAUUUGAAACGGUCUUCCACGAGUGUCUCGAAUGUGUUUUAUUGUGGAGUCUGCAGGCCUUUUACAUGUAACCUCAGAAUGAAAUAAAUAUCUUGUGCAUCA